GUAACGCUAAUGCAAAACAUCGUGUAAUACGAGAUAGCGCGUUGUAAUCCAGACGUUUCCGUUUGUGACGUUUCUCGGUUCGGUCCAGAGAUGUGAGAUAGUAGAGAUGAUAGUAAGAGAUAUAUAGAAAAAGAUAGAAAGAAUACGAUUGGAAAAACGACGUCGAUGUCGACGACAACGACGAUGACGACGACGACGACGACGACGACGACGACGACGAAUGACAACGGCAACUGCAACGGCAGAAAUUCGCUUUAUUUAACGUCGUUUAAAUCGUUCGUGUCCCGUCCGUUCCAUCCUUAAAUCCGAUAGUGCGCAACAACGACGACAAAGGAUAGUUUAGUUUUUUUUUUCGCGUGAGAAGAACGUUACGAGACGAAAUCGUCACGACGAGAUCGUGAAGCUGAAACGACGAUCUAACGAACUGUCGAUGACAUUCCAAACUUGAUUUCCGGAAAAUCAUUUUUCCACAGUGAAAAGAACAACUAAUGAUAAAGGAGUUGCCCUUUUUAACUCCUUUCUUUUCCUCAUUUUGGUUUUUUUUUUAUUUUCAUAUAUUAGAAAUUUUUCCAAUUUUCGUUAGAUCGUGUUAACGAUAGAAGAAUAUGCUUUGCCGGGAAUCAUGUCGACUUUUGCGAGGAUAACUCAUUCCUGGUCGAACGGUAUAAAUUGCACACCACCUGCGAUAGAAGAUUUUCCACAUGAUCUGUUUGACGAGGCACAGAGGCAAGGCGGUGCCGUCGUUGUGCACGUAAUAGUGUCCCUUUAUCUAUUUAUCGCACUAGCAGUCGUAUGCGAUAAAUUCUUUGUACCUGCGGUAGAAAAAAUAUGUCACGCACUAUCGAUGUCAAAGGACGUAGCUGGUGCGACGUUCAUGGCUGCGGCGACGUCCGCACCGGAAUUAUUCGUAAACGCGAUCGGUACUUUCAUUACCGAAGGUGACAUCGGAGUUGGAACUAUCGUCGGAUCGGCGGUGUUCAAUAUUCUUGCUGUUCCUGCUUGCUGUGGGAUCGGCGCAGGAAUGGUUGUCCCAUUAGAUUGGUGGCCCGUUAGCAGGGACUGCCUAGCCUACGGUGUAACCGUCGCCAUUUUAAUAUGCAUCAUACACGACGAACGCGUCGAGUGGUACGAGGCUCUCACCCUGGUCCUACUUUAUAUAGUUUACAUCGCUGUCAUGUAUUGGGAUAAAUCAUUUCAACGGUGUACGAGAUUUCGCACCAACAACGAUCAGUUCUCGACCGACUGCCAUAUCGCAACUGAUGCUGAUGAGAUUCAUUUACCCAGACCUGAUAAGCUUCAAUCGUCCGGCGAUCGAGUCGAACAAAUAGCAACGAUAGACGUACCUUUGCAAAAUGGCGGAACCAAAGCACAGGAAGAAAAUCCCGAACCGAAUUACGAAUACGAGUUGUUGGUAUGGCCUGCACGAGGCGGAUGGAUCAGAAAAACAGCUUGGAUCAUGACUUGGCCGAUUCAUCUAAUUUUCAUGUGUACAAUACCGGAUUGCGAAAAGCCACGAUUUAAAAAUUGGUUCCCUGUUACGUUCCUCAUGUGUAUCAUUUGGAUCGGUUCAUUGAGUUAUGUCGUUGCAUGGAUGAUCACGAUAAUCGGAGAUACAUUGAAGAUACCAGAUUCGGUAAUGGGUAUCACGUUUCUCGCGGCUGGUACUAGCGUACCGGAAGCUGUCUCGAGCGUGAUUGUCGCGAAACAAGGACACGGCUCGAUGGGUAUCAGCAAUUCGAUCGGUUCUAACACGUUCGACAUACUCCUAUGUUUGGGUCUACCAUGGUUGAUAAAAUCCUCGUUCUCGCCCACGCAACCUGGCAGACAUUACAUCAGCAUAAAUUCUGGUGGUCUCGAGUACAGCGCCAUAUCUCUACUAUCGACGCUAAUGUUACUCUACAUUGCCUUCGCUUCAAAUAAGUUUCAACUCGAUAGAAAAGUAGGCCGCGCUUGUUUGUGUAUGUACGCGGUCUUCCUAAUCCUGGCCUCUUUGAUAGAGCUCAACGUAUUCUUCAUGGUUAAUCUGCCAACUUGUCAGAGGACGGUCAAAUGAUCGGCGACGAUCGAAGGAUGAACGGAGAUCUACGAUGCUCCGAGUACACGAUUACACGUUAAAAGUACCGCGGGUUUUCUCUAUCGUCGAUACGUGAUAUCCGUGUGCGAUAUGAUAAUAAUCGUUCGAGGGAGUGCUUAUUUCCCAUAUACAGUGUUGUCACAUGGUCUCACCGUGCGUGUAUAUAUAUAUAUAUACAUAUAUAUAUAUAUAUAUAUAUAUAUAUAUAUAUAUAUUUAUAUAUGUAUAACUUUUAUUUCUAUUUUUUUCCUCCUAAUAUCGUCGUGAUAAAACAAUUUGUUGUAUACGGUUUCACGGCGCCAUUCUUAUCUUUCUCUAUCAUUUUCUCUGUUUAAUUCUAUCUCUUUAUCUAUUUACCUGUUAUCCAUCCCUUUGUCGGAAGUAGAUUAACGAGUUUUAAGUUAAUUCCUUAGAGGAAAAACCACCGUUGCCACUACUACCAUCACCAUAACCACCAUAACCACCAUAACCACCAACCAAUAUCGUCAUUUUACAUUAUCUCGCAUUAUUCUCAUUUUUUAUUUUGCACAGUCGUCACAUAUUUUCGCAUUUGUAAUCUCAUUCUCUCUUUAUCAAAUGAUAUAUAUAUACAUAUAUCAUAUAUAUAUAUAUAUAUGAUAUAUAUAUAAUAUAUAUAUAUCAUUUUAGCUUUCUCUAAUCCCUCUUUCUCUCGUUAUUUUCACGGCGCUUUGACGAUACGCGCUUUUUGUACGCGAGACUAAUAGUGUCCGACGCCAAAUAAGCAAAACAGUUGUGGACGAUCCUCGAAGCGCCGUUGCUCGAGUGCGAAGAGCUAAUUCCGACCAAAGUUAGAAAGUAAGAGUAUUAAGAGUUAACGAAAAUUAAUUGUAAGUAAUCUAUCGAAAGCUCUCUUUACAUCGUCUUAUUUCCUAACAGUUCUACUCCUUCAUUCAAAAGUUAUCACUCCUAAAAAAAAUUGCAUUCAUCAAAAUCCUUCCACGGUCCAUGGAAAAACAGCCUUUUCAUUUUUAUACAAAAGAAAAAGUAAAAAAAAAAAAAAAAAAGAAAAAGAAAAAAGAAUAAAAAAGGGAUUG